AUAACAUUUUCCUUUCUCAGCUGUUACUCCCUUCUGUGCUCUAUUUAUGUUGAGUGCCUGUUGAGAUUGAAGUGCACUGUGCACUGUCUUGUGAUAGAAGGACCUAUUGGACUUUGAGGUUCUGGUGAUUCUUUCUCAAACGUCUGCACCGGUUUUCUGAAAAGAUAACAUGGAGGACAAGUGCGCAAUCAAGAAAGAUCUUACUGAAUUGAUAGGCAAUACACCAAUGGUAUAUCUCAACAAUGUUGUUGAUGGUUGUGUAGCCCGUAUCGCUGCCAAGCUUGAGAUGAUGGAACCCUGUUCUAGUAUUAAAGACAGGAUUGCGUACAGUAUGAUUAAAGAUGCAGAAGAUAAGGGUCUGAUUACUCCAGGGAAGACUGUCCUCAUUGAGCCUACUAGUGGUAACACUGGCAUUGGAUUGGCAUUUAUCGCAGCAAUCAAGGGUUACAAACUCGUACUUACCAUGCCAGCUUCAAUGAGUCUUGAGAGAAGAAUUGUGUCCAGAGCUUUUGGAGCUGAGUUGUACCUUACAGAUCCUGCCAAGGGCAUUCUUGGGAUUUUUGAGAAGGCCAAUGAGCUACUAAGUAAAAUACCAAAUAGUCAUAUGCUUCAUCAAUUUGAAAAUCCUUCCAACCCGAAGAUCCAUUAUGAUACCACUGGUCCAGAGAUAUGGAGAGAUUCAGGAGGGAAAGUUGAUGCACUGGUUGCAGGGAUUGGGACUGGGGGUACUGUAACUGGUGCAGGGAAUUUCCUCAAGGAGAAAAACCCAGAGAUCAAGGUGUUUGGGGUAGAACCAGUUGAAAGCGCAGUCUUGAAUGGAGGACAGCCUGGCAAGCAUCUGAUCCAAGGAAUUGGUGCUGGUCUUAUCCCUGCUGUUCUGGAUGUCAACCUGCUUGAUGAGGUUAUUCAAGUAUCAAGUGAGGAAGCUAUUGAAACUGCUAAGCUGCUUGCCUUGAAAGAAGGUUUGCUGGUGGGAACUUCAUCUGGUGCUGCAGCAGCUGCUGCAAUAAAGCUGGCAAAGAGGCCAGAAAAUACUGGAAAACUGAUUGUUGUGAUUUUUCCGAGCUUUGGAGAGCGUUAUCUGUCGUCCGCACUCUUUGAUUCCAUUAGGCGUGAAGCAGAAAACAUGACUUUUGAUUGACUGAAUAUGUCUGAAAUGACGAUAACUUUUUUUUUUAUUAUUUUUCUCAAGUAAAAUGAUGAGAAAAAUUCCCUAUAUUUUGUUUGCCGUUUGGGCAAAAUCUUUAUAUUCUUGUUAAAUUUUUGUUUCGAUGUAAAAUAUUUUUCGUUGUAAAAUAUUUUCAACGAAAAAAAUUAAUUUCCUCUGAAAA